AGGUGCGCGGUCGGCGAGGGAAUCGAGGCAUCGAGGGAUCGCAGAAUCGCGGGCCGCGUCAGUUGGAUAGCAACUGUCGGGCACGUGCGUCGCUCGUUGUGCGGGGUAAACGUGUGCGCGGGUGGUGUGCUUGUGUGUUGAUGGUGGCAGUGGCGGUGCGCGAAAGGUGAUACUAUCUUCUCCACCCUCGUCGUUAGUCGCGCGCGCCCGUCGUCCUUUCCCUGGACCCGAGAGUCCGAGAGGACUCCCGAGAGUCUCCCCCGGAGAGAACGCGGUGAACUUAAACGAAACGCGAAAACAUGUGAUUCUCUGACGGAACGAAACAACCCCCCUUCGCGAUACCCUUUUUCCGGUGACGUUCGCGUCCGCUUCGCGGGGGUAGCGGUGGUUACCUCGUACUUGCAUCGCCCGCCGGGAUACGCCGCUGGACCCCCUCCCCCGUCUGCCUGUCUCUUCAAUCGUGCGCGUCGAGGGUUCGUUGCCGCGCGCCGCGGAGGAGGAUACGAUGUUCUGAAUUUCGGGCCAGCGAGAAGAGCCACGCGCGCAUCAUCAUGGUCACGAAGCACUUCGCAUCGCAGGGCUCAAGCCCUGAGUGCGGCGUGCCGGACAUGACAGUCAUCAGCAAUAUCGACGAGAUCGGUAUCAAUCGGAAUCUUCAAGUUCGGUACAGUAGGGACCAGAUAUACACAUACACGGGAUCCAUACUGGUGGCUGUGAAUCCUUACAAAGAAGUGGACUUCUAUACGAAUGAGUACGUGAAUCGAUACCACGGCCAGAAGAUGGGCGCCUUGGAGCCACACGUGUUCGCCCUGGCGGAGGCGGCAUACAAGUCCUUGCAGGACACCGUGAGCAACCAGUCCUGUGUGAUAUCGGGAGAGAGCGGCGCCGGCAAGACCGAGACCACCAAGUUCAUCCUACAGUACCUGUGCUCGGUUACCAGCAACGUCGAUACGUGGGUGGAACAGCAAAUUCUGGAGGCCAACACCAUCCUCGAGGCAUUUGGCAAUGCGAAAACCGUACGGAACGACAACAGUUCGCGCUUUGGCAAGUUUAUGCAGGUGUGUUUCGACAACAAGUGGAUGAUCAAGGGAUGCAUCAUCCAAGACUACCUGCUGGAGCAGAGUCGUAUCACCUUUCAGAGCCCCGGGGAGCGCAAUUACCACGUGUUCUACCAGCUGGUCGAGGCCGGCACGAGGGACAAGGAAUUUGCGGAGCAAUAUAAGCUAAGGCCAGCCAGCCACUACAAAUAUCUCAAUCAGUCCGGCUGCGUGAAGAUCGAUGGAAUUUCCGACUCUAAGAAACUCGAUUCUCUCAGGCUCGCCUUUAAUGUGCUCCAGAUCGCGCCGGAAAUGUGCGAAGGCAUCUUCCGAGUUCUAUCGGCCAUCCUGUGGCUCGGAAAUUUGAGUUUCGAGGACGUCGACGGCGAGAGAUGCGAAUUAUCGAAGGAGGACGGGAAUAUAGUCGACACGGUUGCGCCGCUGUUGGGUCUUCAGGUGGAGGAUCUCACCAAGGUGGUGCUGAUACGACAGAUAAACGUUCGCGGUAAUAUCACGGAGAUUCCACUGAAGGUCCAAGAGGCCAGGGAGAAUAGGCACGCGAUGGCAAAAGCACUCUACUCUCGCACUUUUGCUUGGCUUAUCAACCACAUCAACAACUGCACGAACCCAGGUCAGGAUAUCUCGCGGUUCCUCGGGGUUCUCGAUAUCUUCGGAUUCGAGAAUUUUACGCUGAACAGCUUUGAGCAACUCUGCAUCAACUACACGAACGAGAAGCUGCACAAGUUUUUCAAUCACUACGUCUUUGCAUUGGAGCAGGAACUCUAUCAUCAAGAAGAGAUCCAGUAUUCCCACAUCACUUUCACUGACAACACCAUGUGCCUGGAGCUAAUUGAGAAGCCUCCGCGAUGUGUUCUGAAGUUACUCACCGAGCAGUGCCAUAUGCCGAAAGGCUCGGAUCUAGCUUAUCUGACAAACCUGCACGCUGAAUUUGAGAACCAUCCGUGCUACGUAAAGGGAGAUGACCGACGGAAAUGGGAAAAGGAAUUUGGGGUCAAGCAUUACGCUGGCUGCGUGACGUAUACCGUCGAAGGUUUCGUCGACAAGAAUCGCGACGUACAGCAGGACGUGUUUUUCGACUUCAUGUCCAGGAGUACAAAUGAGUUUGUACAGGAGAUCAGCGUUUAUCAGGAUCUAUUGGGAUGUACUGUCGCGCGUGCAACCGGCGGUACAACCACUACGAUGUCGCGAGGAACGUCCAAGGGCAAGCCGACCCUCUGCGACUCAUUUCGGCACCAGUUGCAGGCCUUAGUAGAUGUUUUACAGGGAACGACUCCGUGGUACGCGCGCUGUAUCAAACCGAAUAUGGAGAAGAUGGCCAAUCACUACGAUGAGAAGCUCGUUAUGGACCAACUCAAAUAUCUCGGUAUGCUCGAUAUUAUACGCAUACGCAAGGAGGGGUUCCCAAUACACAUGUCAUUCCACGAUUUCGUUGCGAGAUAUCGUUGUCUGGAUAAAAGCCGAUCCUCACUUUCGUGUAACGAGAAGGAGGCGGUCAAAUGUCUGAUUAGUAAACAAGGUAUACCGCAAACUGAAUGGCAAAUUGGCCGGACGAAGGUGUUUUUACGGAGCUACGUGCACGAGCCUCUGGAGGAUUCCAGAAACCAGGUAAUAACGAGGAACGCCAUUGUGAUACAGAAGAUUUGGCGAGGAUACAUCAAACGACGAGAGUAUAAACGUAUAAGGGAGGCAACACUGAAGAUGCAACAUGCGUAUCGCGGUUGGAAGUCACGAAUAAUGUUCAUCAGAAAACGCAGGGCAGCCAUAGUGAUUCAGAGUCAUUUGCGAGGUGUCUUUGCGAGGGAAGUAGCCACAGCUUUGCGAGAAAUGCGACGAGUCGACGAGGAGAUGAGAAAGAGGGAGCGGUUGGAGGAGGAACGAAGGAUGAUGGAGGAUAAGAAGGCGUUGGAAGAGAGCCAAAGCACGCAGUACGAUGGUAUUACCGAGAUGGAAUCUGGGAAAGUGCAAGAAGAAAUCGAUGCGCUGUCGCAGAUGGCCGAGCAAAUGAACUCGAAGAUAGCUGCCACGGAUUUGCAAUCGGUGGAUCUUGACAAUCUGUUUUCCUUCCUAUCUGACGUACAAUCAACUAAAAGCAAUCAGAUUAUCGAGGAAAUCGGGGAACAGAUGGACGAAUUGGUGGAGGACCUUGACGUAGAAUUAGAAAACGUUAUUCAACAAGAGAUGGAAUUGAAUGCCAAGGCUGAGUCGAAGGUCGCUUCUCCCAUGAAUGGACAGGAAGUACAGUCUCCGCAGCAGCAACAGCGGAUGCCGUGCUCGAAUAACUUGAGCAGCAGUAAACUUGGUCAACCGAGUCUUCCGGAACCCACGGAACCACCACCGCCACCACCACCUCCGGCGCCGCCUUUAGCUGUGAAUGGCGAGUCAUCAGAUGACAACGGCGAGCCAAUCUACGAGUCAGUGCUACCGCGAGAAGCGAAUGAUUCUGAGAGUCCAAUUCACAACGGCGGCAGUCCGGGCCAAAUGAUGAACGGUGAGACUUGCGGAUCACCACCACCGCCUCCACCCAGUGGCAAGAUAACCAAAGAAAUCGCCGCUAGUCCGCCAUCCAGGCCAGAGUCCAGAAAUUCCGGCCAUCAUCAUCCGGCUCACCAUCACCAUCAUCAUCAGACGAUACCUCAGGCGCAACAGAAUGGCCACGAUCAGCCGCAGCCGCAAUCGCAGACGGUGCAGCAACUGCCGGUGGAACGUGAGCAGCGGCGCAAGACCCGCGUGGAGCGGAAGCUGCAAGAGCUCGAAGAUAAGAAGGAACAGGAGAACGAGGUGACCUACCACGAUAUUGUAGAGUUUGCGCAGAACUAUUUCAACAGCCAUGAACGUUCGCCGGAGGGUACCAUAAUGGCUACGUUAACGAGGAAGUCGCGCGGGAAAAGUAUCGAGUUCAUUCCGAAGUACGAGAUGGUCACGUACUACAAAGGAUCCAGCAUUCCGAACUCGCAUAUUCAUAUGUACGAUCCCGACAAUGUGAAUGUUGCGUGUUCCGUAUUCAGGGACUUGUGUAAGUAUAUUCGCGGUGAAAUGAAAUUGGACCAAGAGAUAGUCACGAUUCAGAGUAUCAUCGCUUAUGGGAUUGAGCGGGAAGAAUUAAGAGACGAAAUCUUUGUACAAUGUAUGCGUCAAGCGACGAAUAAUCCCAACGCCGAGUGGUCGGAACGCGUGUGGUUGCUAUUGUGCUUAGCGAUCGUUGCCUUCCAACCGAGCAAGCUGCUUUACAAGUACUUUGUCUCUUUCCUGAAAAAGAAUCUUGCUCUCGAGGGCAAGCUGAGGCAGUACGUGCAGUGGUGCGUAGAUAAUUGCAAGAACACCAAGGUAUCUUGCAGGCAACAUCCACCAUCCACGGUGGAAAUCGCUGCCAUGAAACGAUUGGGCACUAUAGUAUGCAGGUUCUUUUUCUUGGACGGAAGAACGAAGGCGAUCGAUGUGCAUCCGAUUGAUACAGCCGCUGAUGCCGUCGCCAAACUAGGAGAAAAGUUGGGUCUUCGGUCGUUAGAAGGUUGGGCCAUUUAUCAAAGCAGACCGGAUGGAGAGGAGCACGUGCGAGCUCACGAUUACCUGUAUGACGUGAUUGCUGCAUGGGAAAUGAAACAAUGCAAAUUGAAUACGGCACAAUCAGCGUUUUCGACACUGCGACGCGGUAACAAUACUACUUUGGGCAGCGGCGACAAUCGUUUCGUCUUUAAACGAAGAUUAUUCCGCAAUCCAAGGGAGAUCUCGCAGGACCCCGUGGAAGUUAAUAUGCUAUACGCGCAAGCGGUCUACAACGUCGUAAAGUGUGAUGAUUUUCCGGUGUCCGAGAAAGUGGCAUUGCAAUUGGCAGGAUUGCAAGCGCAAGUAUCCCUCGGCGAUCCCAAGGAUAAUGAUAGACUAGAUUAUUACAGCGAAGUGGAUAGCUUCCUGCCCUACAGAAUCAGUCGGGCUCGUGGCGACGACGUUUGGGUGCCGAUUAUAGCGCAAGCACACCGGCAAUAUGGUGCCGGACGCAAAGAGCUCGCUGCCAAAGUCCUGUAUCUAUCCUGCGUGAUGCAAUAUCCGCUUUAUGGCACAACGAUGUUUAAUGUAACUUACCGCGGAUACUGGUCUUAUGGUAACCAGUUGAUUCUCGGCAUCAACUGUGACGGUCUGAUGCUAAUCAAGCCGGAUGACAAAUUCGUUCUGUCCGAGUAUCGUUAUCAGGACGUCGAAAGUAUCAUGCUGGACCCGAGCGACUCGUUCAUCACGCUCUCGUUGCUACGACACAAUCCCGAUAGUUCGCACAAGUGUUUCGUUUUUGAGACGCCGCAAAAGAACGAGAUUGGCAGUCUGAUUGUCAGUUACUGUUCGGCACUGGCGGGUUGGAUCACAGAGAAUGAGGUACCCACGAAGAAACUCAAGUGUAUCACUAACGAAGAUCGUAUCCGACUUUAUCACAAUCUGAUCAACUGUCGGCGAACUCUAGUCGACUCGGAGAUUCUCAGAAAACCGCAGGAUUCCGGUGGUGGUUUUCUUCGGAAUACACUUAGAAGAUUAUCUAAGCAUCGGAUAGAAAAGCUCAGGCAGGAACAUGGAAGUGCCGAUCACGGCGAAACUUACAAGGGUUUCGAACAAGUGUCUCUGAAUAUCUUCCAGUUAAUUUUGACAUACGCGGGACUUGGCCAAAACGGAGACACAGUACGUAGGGUUGAGGAUGAGCACGUGAAUCUUAUACAAACCGUAAUGGAACGGUGCAUACGAAAAGAAAACCUACUGGGUGAAUUGUACCUCCAGUUGAUCAAGCAAACCACUGAUCAUCCAGAUCCCAAUAAUCGUGUCAAUCUGCGACACUGGGCAUUGCUCUCGCUCGCGUGUUCCGUGAUCCUGCCACCUCAAAAAACCAUACGCAAGUACUUGAUAGCACACCUGAAACGAUGCGCCAGCGAUUACGUUACCGAGGAGGGUAAGUACGCGAGGUUUGCAGAAAAGUGCCUUUACAAGACUCAGGGCACUCGCAGGCGGCAGUGGCCGCCGAGUCGCGAGGAGAUUAUGUGCACUAUCAAUCGUCGGCCGAUCUAUGCCAGAUUCCAUUUCAUGGACGGUCAAUAUCAUGCCGUUGAAUUUCAUCCAUCUGCGACCGCUAGGGACGUCAUGGAGAUUAUAAAGACGAAGAUAGGACUUGAGGAGACUGCUAUGGGUUAUGCGAUUUAUGAGGUGUUGGGACCGACCGAACGAUCAUUGAUUCCCGAGGAGAAGAUAGCUGACGUUAUGUCCAAGUGGGAACGAUACAGGACGUCGCAGCAGGGUCAACAUCAACGCAAGCAUGCGCAUCACUUUUUCUUAUUCAAGAAACAUUUAUUCUUGGAUCAAUACAUGAAUUUAGACGAUCCUGUUGAAAAGGAGUUAUUGUAUCACCAAGUGCUGCACGAUUUGCGAGCCGAUCGGUUUCCUAUCACUGAAAAAGAAGCUAUGAUGCUGUCGGCUUUGCAAGCGCAGUUAGAAUUGGGCGAUUGUCAGGAGACCAUAUCGGAACCAGAUUAUCGAACAAUAUCGAGUCACUGCCUAUCAUCGAGACUGGUGCCGUGCCUGUGUGUAGAUGGUGUGCGCCAGCAUCAUCAAUCCCUGCGUGGAAUGACACCGCCGGAGGCGAAAAAGGCUUUCUUAAAUCUGAUCCAGUCGUGGCCGUUGCACCGCGCGACAAUCUUCGACGUGAUGCAAUCGUUUACUUCGAAUUGGCCUCGCGUUCUUUGGCUGGCCGUCGAUCAGCAGGGUCUUCAUCUCUUAGAACACCGUUCCAGAAACGCGUUGUGUACUUACGAAUAUAGCAGUAUUUUAAGCUAUACGCCUGCCGUUAAUUGUUUGAUGAUUAUUACUGGUACGGAUAAGAAGCAGAGCAAGGUCAUCCUCACUACGUCGCAGGCUCAUCAGAUAGCGAAUCUAAUCCGUGAGUAUAUGGAAGUGCUUCAGUCACCGCCGGAAAUUCCGAGGCGAGACUCGACAAUGGCUCAACAGUUGGCCGCCCAACAGCAACAGCAGCAGCAGCAACAACAGCAUCAGCAACCGCCUACGAGCCUAUCGACGUCUGCGGCCGGCGGACGAAAAUCUCGGCCCGCUUCGAUGUUACAUAGAGGUGCUCCGGUAAUACAAUCGCAAGCUAGUUAGAAUGGCUAGGUAAUCUCCUCGUUAAACUUAAAAGCGAAGUUUCCUUUCAACCUGCUACUUAUCGAGUUUUUAUUGUUAGUCACCGCACGUUCCAUUACCAAGUGCCAUAAAUUCAAGAUUACGCACACUACGCCAUGUAGCGGCCAGUGUCUAUUUUAUAAGAAAUAUGCAUAUAUACAGUAAAUUUUAAUUUUCAAAUUGCGCUUCGUCCAUAUCCAUCACGAUGAGGCGUUCCCUCUAUGUAGCUAUCUUAGUAAUUUACUCCGAGAUUAAAACGUAGGAUGAUGUUUAGUACCAGGUUGUGGCGAUAAGACAAUUUAUAUUUAAACGCGUUACACAUUUAAUGCUAACUGCGGCUAUCUGAGCUUCAAUAUGAUCCUCGUAUAUUAGAUCUGAGCAACGGAGCGUUUAAUAAGAGGCGUCACGAAGACAUGCGGAAUACAAUCCUUCCUUGAAAUGUCAUUUAGACUUUUGUCUCGUUCGGAGAAGCUGCAUUCAGCAAUAAAUGCGAUAUAGAUAGGAAUACGAAUAUAUGGGACGAAGUUUUAAAUUAAUUAGUUUUUUUUCGGCCGGGCCUAUCGAGGCGAUGAUGAAUCGUCGUGUAAAGACGGCACUAGAGCUUAGAGAUACUUAUUUCUUCCACUAUUUAUUGGAUUAGCUUAGAUCUCGAGAGAAAAAACGUCAAAGACUAGGCUUAGUCUCCGCGAAUUUAGCCGAUUUAGGGAGAUGAGUGAUAAAUAACUGCCAUUAGAGAAGAGUUAUUAACCGCAAGGAAAGUUGCCGAGGACUUUUCCAUUUCUAUUGCGACCGUUAUCAUUGUUGCCUUUUUUACGAGCGACUGCCGCCACGUUUUUUGAUAAAGGAUUUUUGCAGUACGGAAGUAUAAACGCGUGAGAGCGAGAGUACGGAAAUAUAUAUACGGCGAUAUUUAAUGUUCAAGCAAUUAUUCCGUAUACACCGUUAUAAUUCCGAUCGACAGUGUUUUAUCCCUCCGGCAUAUCAGUUAAUAUCAACUGAAGAGAGUGAUUAAGAAAUUACGCAAUUAUCUACGAAGCGACCAAAAAAAUGCAAUCUUCCGAGCGUGAGUUAACGUUUGACUGAUUGUAAGCACAUUUACCUGUUAAUAUUUAUAUUAAUUCCUAUAUAUACAGAUUUGGAACACACGACGAUACAGUGACCAUUUUCGACCUUUAUUGUGAAUUUAUAAUAAAUCACAAUAAAGGAAUCUAUACCGAUUAUUUAAUGAAGAUAAUUCAGGUACGAGAAGGAGUUUUGUUGAAACAUUUGCAUUUUAAGAAACUGAAUGAUGACAUCUGAAAAACUUUGACCAUCACUAUUUUCUGAAACUCGAAGUCGUAAGGUAUAACCGCCAGAAGAUCAUUUUUUUAAAACCAAUUUAUUAAGAUUUGUAAUAAUACGUUUAAUGAUGUGUCUCUUAAAAAUUAUAACAGACGAUUAUAUGUAGUUAAACGAUCUAUAGUCGCAAGUCCAAUGAUCGAGCCUUUUUCUUAACA